CAAACGAUGUCCGAACCAACGUUGCUUUUCAGACACGAAACCAAAAUUUUAUAAUUUGCAAUCGGUUUAUUUGUUUGACUCCAUUACUCGCAUCUCUUCUUCUUCUUAACUCUGUCUGAAAAUCUUCUUCUUCUUCGUUUUUCUGAAAUACUUUUAUGAUGGAGCCCGAUAACGUAGAGCGUAAUCUUCAAUCCCUGAGAAGACUAUACUGUCUUCUCGAUUUAAAUGCAAGAAACGAAUCCAUACCCGAACCAUAUCUGUUGGAUGAGAACACUCAGUUUCUAUUAAAGAGAUUGCUCGAUUUUGCUUCCCAUGAACUUUUCGUUACACAAUCAAAGAUACUUGCAACACAAUUAGGUUUGUUUCCUAGAACGGAUUUACACAGUGCAAAGCCGUCUACUGUGGCGGAUUCUUCUGUGACGAUGCCACCUCCAAUGUCGUCUCAGGUUACGCGAAUUAGUAAACCAUUGGAGGUGAAAGGAGCCUUAAGGCGAGAUCUGAGAGUUGAUCAGAUUCAAAGCAAUCCUAGUAAGGAUGGUUUAACAGAAGAAGUUGCUGAUGCAAUCGAACAAAUCGAUACACAGCUUUCCGCUUUAAGCUUUGUUUCUAGUCGUGUGGACUCUGAUGAUAGAACAGGGUCUUGCAAGUCCUCUGUAACUCCUCCCAUUGAAGAGCGCAGAAAAAACUUUCAAGCUUCUAUGUCUUGUUUAAGAAACAAUUUCAUGCCAAUGAGUCAGAGAAGUGUGAAUGGUGGUGCAGAUGUAACAGUUCGAAGCCAUGAUGAUCUUCCUUUGCCUUCUAAUGAUCAGUUUGUUCGGGUCACGUCACGACCGCAGCCAUUACCGCCUCUUGCUGUGAGACCUGUUGGUUUCAAGAAGCCAAGUCAAAGAAACAGAACGUCACAAAAGAUGCCUAGUAUGAAACCAACGUUGAUGUAUCAAGAAACCGAAACGUGGGAUGAUGAAUCUUUUGAAACAGAGCGUGAACGAACACCGUCUGGGACAGGUUCUGAGUCGGAAGACGAAGAAGUUUCAAUUGACCAAGAAUACUCUGGGGAAACAGGGUCAAGCUCUGGCUCAGACUGGGAAACUCAAGCAGAGAAUGACACCGAGUCUGAGUCAGAAUCAUUAUAUCCACCACAGAGUGAUGACUCUGCUUCUGAAUCUGAAGUCAGCUCUUCUCCUCCGCAUACAAACAGAGACGCAUCAAGAGAACCUGCAAAACAGAGAAGAAAUGUAAUGGGACGAUUUAAAAGGAUAAAGAAUAAGAUAGGACAAGUAUUUCACCAUCAUCACCACCACCACCACCAUCAUCACCACCACGACAAGAAUAAGCCAUCAGCUUGGAAGAAUUUGCAGAGUAAAUUUCACCAAAAGCACAAAGAGAAAUCAGAUGAGAAGAAACGGACGACGUCAGAAUCCAGAGGUCUUACUACACAUAAGCAACAACAUCAAGGUGGCCACUUUCACGCGCUAGUGGAAGGAUUGGUGAGACAUAGAAAACACUCAAAGAAACAAAAUCAGAAGCUGCAUAGUGAUGCCAAGCAAACGCAGUGGUGGAAAAUCUUGAAGAAGCGUCAAGGUGGUGGUGUGAAGAUUCCCAAAAGAGGACGUGUGAAGUUGGGAAAAAAACAUUAUUUGUCCAAAAAUGUUUAAGAACAUGAAGAAAACUAGUCUCGAUUAUUACAGAGCAAAACAAUUGUCAAAUAUUCAAGUUGAAAGUUUCAUGCCUCCUAAAUCGUUUGUUCUGGUUUUAAGAAACCUUGUUAAGAGACAAAUCACUUAACUCUCCCACAAGAGAGGCACUAUCAUAAUAGCACAUCUCA